AACAAAGGAUUGCUGCUCGAGCGUUACUGUCAUAUAAUAUAAUAUAACAUAUCAUAUAACAUAAUGCACAGUGUUGUUUUAAAACAUCCUAAACCUAAAUCUUUUGAAUAUAUUUGUUUAUUUGUCUGACAGUUUAAAUAUGUCUAAUUUAAUUUGCUCAAUCCUUGAAACACUGCUGGCGCUGUGCUUGUGUGUGUGUGUGUGUGUGCGUGCGUGUGUAGGUGUGUGUGCGUGAGUGUUUUGCACACGCUCUGCUCUCUGUAGUUGUUCUCUCAUCCACAGCCGCAGAGGAAAUUCUCUUUCAGACUUUCAGACGCAGCGUGUUUGUGUUUAAAUGAGUUUGUUUUCGGACGUGUUCGGGUGACGUGUUUUACGAGAAUAUGAACUCUUCUGCUGGAUUAACAGUUUUUGGAUCAGUGUUUGUUUGCUGCUGGUGUUUACUGUGAUCGCCAUCAUCAGUCGGUUUGAUCUAAUCUAAUGUUACCCGCGAGAUUGACGGACCUAUUGAAAACAGAUGCGGAUCCCGAAAGGGUUAACUUCUGAUGGAGCUGUUUGUGCAUUUAUAAACCAGAAGAUUUUGAAGCUGUGGGAAAGCAACGGAACUGGAAACCCAUCUCUAGAUCGCUGAACAGAGUCAUGUUUGGUUUGAUCUGUGUCUCGUGUUCUGUUCCGGUCUGAAGAGUCACUGAAGGAGCCUUUAACUGUUUGUUUGUUUGUUUGUCUGGUCAUGUGUUCACUGAAAGCUCUUCAGGACUGGUGUGGAGAUGUCUGUGAAGGUUACUCUGAUGUUCUCAUCACAGACAUGAGCUCCUCCUUCACAGAUGGACUUGCUUUCUGUGCCAUCAUCCACAAACACAGACCUGAUCUACUAGAUUUUCACUCCCUGUCCAAACACAACAUCUACGAGAACAUGCGUCUGGCGUUUGAUGUUGCGGAGCGUGAGCUGGGAAUUCCUGCUCUUUUAGAUCCGGAUGAGCUGGUGUCUGUGGAGAAGCCGGAUCUACUGUCCAUCAUCACAUAUGUCUCUCAGCUCUACUGUUUCUUCAGAGGAAACUCUUACGUCGGUCAGAAGAUUCCUGUGAACAAAGAAUCCAGCACCACCAAAACACAAAAACAGACACCCACUCAGUUCUCAUCAGACGUGGUCAGAUCUUCAGAUAAAAGUGUCUGUAGUGUCUGUCACACACGUGUUCAUCUCAUUCAGAGGGUUUUGGUGAAGGGACAACUGUAUCACCGCUCCUGCUUCAGAUGCAGUCGCUGUCGUCGCUCUCUGCUGCCGAUCUCUUUCACAGUGAACACUGAGACGGGUUCACUGCAGUGCAGUUAUCCCUGCAAACCUGCUUCUGGUCACGACCGGCCCGCAGAUCAAUACUCACAGAACAACACCAGUGAGAUGGACAGAGACAGGAGUGAGAUGGACAGAGACAAGAGUGAGAUGGACGGAGACAGGAGUGAGAUGGACAGAGACAGGAGUGAGAUGGACGGAGACAGGAGUGAGAUGGACGGAGACAGGAGUGAGAUGGACAGAGACAGGAGUGAGAUGGACAGAGACAAGAGUGAGAUGGACGGAGACAGGAGUGAGAUGGACGGAGACAGGAGUGAGAUGGACAGAGACAAGAGUGAGAUGGACGGAGACAGGAGUGAGAUGGACAGAGGCAGGAGUGAGAUGGACAGAGACAGGAGUGAGACGGACAGAUACAGGAGUGAAAUGGAUGGACAAAGGAGUGAGACGGACAGAGACAUGAGUGAAAUGGACGGACACAGGAGUGAGACAGAUGGAGACAGAAGUGAGACGGACAGAGACAGGAGUGAAAUGGAUGGAUACAGGGGUGAGACAGACAGAGACAAUGAGACGGGUGAUGACAGGAUUGAGAUGGACUUAUACAGGAGUGAGACAGACAGAGACAGGAGUGAGACGGACAGAGACAUGAGUGAGACAGACAGAGACAGGAGUGAAAUGGAUGGACAAAGGAGUGAGACGGACAGAGACAUGAGUGAAAUGGACGGACACAUGAGUGAGACGGAUGGAGACAGAAGUGAGACGGACAGAGACAGGAGUGAGACAGACAGAGACAGGAGUGAAAUGGAUGGACAAAGGAGUGAGACGGACAGAGACAUGAGUGAAAUGGACGGACACAGGAGUGAGACAGAUGGAGACAGAAGUGAGACGGACAGAGACAGGAGUGAAAUGGAUGGACACAGGAGUGAGACGGACAGAGACAGGAGUGAAAUGGAUGGAUACAGGGGUGAAACGGAUGGAGGCAAGAGUGAGAUAGAUGGAGACUGGAGUGAGACGGACAGAGACUGGAGUGAGACAGAUGAAGACAAAAUGGAUAAUGGACGUUUAUCCACCUCAUUAGAGAGUGACAUACAAGAACCUCCCAAACCUGCUCCCAGAAGGAGGGUGGAGCCUCAGGACCCUCUUCGCCCCACCCCCAGAUCACCAGAUCAUCGCCCUGAAAACGUGUCGUCUCAGAGCACUGUCCGUAAGGAACAUCCCUGGAUGAAGCUGGUUGAUCCUGGUCCUUGGUCUCAUCUUCCUGCGGCUCCAUCCUCUCAUUCCCGCCACUGGCCCAUGACCUUUAACCCCUUCCUGCAGGACAAGUCCAAGGAUAAAGAGAAAAACCCCACCAGCUGCGAAGCCUCAGUUGCACACAAAGCCUCAUCUUCAGUUCCCAGCAUGCACCAGGCUGUAGCUUCUGUUCAUGGUUUUCCGCUAAUAAAGAGGAAGGUGAUCACAGACACGCGUGUGUCAGAGAAGCAGGUGUGUGUGGAGCAGAAGAAGCUGGAGGAGCGUCUGCUGGAGCUGGAGAGGAGAGGAGUGCAGCUGGAGACCGAGAUGAGGAGAUGCACCAAUGAGAAUCUUCUUGUCGACUGGUUCCUUCUGGUUCAUGAGAAGAGCAUGUUAGUGCGCAGAGACACAGAGCUGGUGUAUAUGGUGAAGCAGCAGCGUCUGGAGGAUCAACAGGCCGAUGUGGAGUUUGAGAUCAGACGCCUCUUUAACAAACCAGAGCAGGACUGGAGCUCUGACGACAGACAUCAGGAACAUCUGCUGAUGUCACGCCUGCUGUCAAUCAUCCAGCAGAGGAAUGACAUCAUCAGCAGCCUGGAUCAGGACAGGCAGAGGGAGAAGGAGGAGGACACGAUGCUGACCGCUGUGAUCCAGAGGAUGGAGAUCCUGACGCAGACGGACACACAGCUGGACAAAUGCAGCAGGAGCUUUAAACGCCUUCAGAUGUUCAAGAAAUCCAGCUGUAAGACUGAAAACACCAGCAGAAGAAAGAAGAAAAACAGCUGAAGAAUGGAAAGAGCCUGUUCAUUAAAUAAUGUUCAAAAAUAGAAAAUAAACCCAGCCAUCUGGACAAACUG